AUGGGAUAUGCGAGUGACCUUGGCGCCGGCGAUCACCGGGAAAUGCGGGAAGUGGGGCAUUCGAUUGAAGACCUCGUUUCGUUCAGAAGCAGUGUUGUGAAUAGGGGGAAGAAGAGAAUCACAAGGGGACCCUUGAGAAUAUCGAUCCGCGGCCGGAGAAGAGGAAGCCUAAAAACCAGUGAGAAGAAUUCAGAAUUAGAACUAUUAAGUAGAAACCCAGUUCGUACUUAAGGUUCCCUACAGAACAUUUCGUCGACGUGUUUUUCUCUGUUUUCGUUCCAACAUCACAUGCCCCUUCCCAUUUCGUAA